AUGAGGUUAAAGGCGGAGAGAGACCACAGGCCGCACGAGAGCUUUCAGAUCGAAAUCCCGAAGCAGCCGCAGAGUCCCCAUGAACCUCUCUGUCUCUCACCACGAGACGAGAAGCGCCGAGAGACCCUAAACCCUGAAAGCUCUAAGCCCCAAGCCCUGAACCAAAAAUCCUUGACCCAGACCUGGACCUGCGCCGUCUGCCUCCAAAAAUCGGAGUGCGACGAGGUGCGGCGGUUGAAUUGCGGCCAUUGUUUCCAUUCCGAAUGCAUCAAGGCGUGGUUCCGCCGUGGCCGUUGCAGCCUUUGCCCUCUGGGGCGCUGCCCGGUGUCGAAGGAUAUCGUUGCGGCAGUCCGAGCGGAGAUGGAUUUUAGCUUGCCUGCGGGUGGUGCUUGGCAGCAUUUGCCGGACAGUACAUUAGCACAGGACGCGAGGUCACCUGCCAUGUCCGAGGAGCGGUGUCGCGGAUUGCUGCCGCACGAUAGAGGUGGCACAGGCUGGCGACGGUUCCGGGCGGAGGAUUUCAAUCCUGUCGUGUUGGCCGGGCCCUCGGCGGACCAAGCCUUGGCCUCCCUCGAGACGCUGCUCCUCGGUGGUCUUGCCGAUCAUGAGCAUUACAUCUUCGACGGCCUCAUGGAGGUUGCCCAGGAGUCGCCCUCUCUGGCGCACUCGGCGGGGAGGUGCUUUUACUUCUACGCUCUCUGCUUCGGCGCCUUCCCAGCGGUUUGGCGCCGGGCGCUGGACCGCCUCAGCGGCGCUGCCCCCUUUCCGAGGCUGCAGGCCCAGCUUCGGGUUCUGCGCGGCGUCUUGGAGACGGAGAAGCAGCUUGCCAGCUCGGAAGGAAGCCGCGCAUCACCUCCGACUAAGGCCUUGGCGGGGGGCCUGGCUUCGCAGGUCCUGGGAUCUCUGCUGCAGGUUCUAGAGCAGGCGCAGUCCCAUCGGCUGGUGGGAGAGAUCGCCCCGGCCCUGGCGGCCGUAGCGAAUGCGGCGCCCAGAGAGUUCCACAACCAUUUUGAGGACUCGGCAGAUCUUCUGCUGGGCUGGGCCGCCGGCCCGGGCCUCUCCGACGACCAGCGGGUCGUUAUCAACGCGGCCUUCGCGUCCUUUGGCCCACAUUGGAGAGACGAGCGCCACCGGCCCUUUGCCACGGCGAUGCAGCGCAAGGUGGUGGCAGACAUGCAAAAGCUAGUGGAGGGGGACCGUGAAGCUCUGCAUGCUCUGCUCUACUGCUUCUAUGGCAUCUCCGUAGCCAUGGGGAACCUCGGGGAGUUUUACGAGACGGCCGCACCGAUAAUCUUGAAGUGCAUUGGGUCUUCCGGGAACCUGGCCUCCUUGUCCAUGCAGGGCCCCGAGAAGGAGCAGAAGAUCUUGGGCCGGGACACCGAGGCUGGUUAA